CUGUCUUUCUAACCAAACAAAUAAAACAAAAAAUCUCCAGACUUUAUCCAAAUUUCAGCAAAUUUAUGAUCUAAGCAAAUAAUGAGUCUGAGUCUCAUUCACCAUAAACUCCCAAUUUCUUCUUUUUCUUCUUCUUACUUCAAUUUUCAACCUUCAAUUUCAACCAACACUCUAAAAAAUCCUUCUUUCCCAAUUCACUCUAAAACCCCUUCUUUAACCACACCCCCCUCUUCUACUAAUACCCCCAUUUUUCUCCCACUUUUCGAACAACACGAACAAGAAGCAGAACAAAAUGAAAAAUCCAAUCAUGAUCCAAUCUACAAAUUCUUCAAAAACCGCACCAUGGUUUCAUCUCAAAACCCUUCAGAAGAAGGAAAAUUGCUCCUUCGGAAGAAUCGUCGCGCAAAGUGGCACCUUGCUUCACAAGACCUUGAAGAAGAAGAAGAAGAAGAAGCUGAAAUGGGUAUGAAUGAUGAACAAAUGGUGUCCCAGAAGAAAGAAUCACCAUUGCCUGAAGGUGUUGUUGAAGAAAUUCUUCAUCUUGCAAGGAAUUUACCACAAAAUUUGACUCUAGAGGAGGCUUUAGAAGAGUAUGAUAAAAGGGUCAGUGAGAAAGAGUGUUUAAAGGUUAUGGAAAUACUUGGGGAAGAACAACUUGUGGUGUGUUGUUUGUAUUUGUUUCAGUGGAUGAGGUCACAGGAACCAUCACUUGUUACACCAAAGGUUUAUACUACGUUGUUUCCUUUGUUGGGAAGAGCAAGGAUGGGUGAUAAGUUGAUGGUUUUGUUCAGAAAUUUACCAUCUAGCAAGGAAUUUAGAAAUGUUCGUGUUUAUAACGCUGCAAUUUCAGGUCUUCUCUAUGAUGGCAGGUAUAAGGAUGCUUGGAAGGUUUACGAGUCAAUGGAAACCGAUGGUGUUCUUCCGGAUCAUGUGACAUGCUCCAUUAUGAUUAUUGGUAUGAGAAAACUUGGCCAUAGUGCAAAAGAUGCAUGGCAAUUUUUUGAGAAAAUGAACCAAAAAGGAGUCAGAUGGGGUAAAGAAGCCUUCGGUGCAUUGAUAAAGUCAUUUUGUGUUGAGGGUCUGCUGAGUGAAGCUCUCAUCAUCCAAUCCGAAAUGGAGAAGAAAGGGAUUUCUUCAAAUGCAAUUGUUUACAACACUCUUAUGGAUGCAUAUUGUAAAUCCAAUCGUGUAGAGGAGGCCGAAGGCCUUUUUGUUGAGAUGAAAGCUAAAGGGAUUAAACCGACCGCAGUUACAUUCAACAUUCUAAUGUAUGCAUACAGCCGAAGAAUGCAACCUAAGAUCGUAGAGAGUCUGCUGGCAGAAAUGAAGGAUUUUGGCUUGAAGCCAAAUGCCAAUUCAUAUACCUGUCUAAUCAGUGCAUAUGGGAGGCAGAAAAAGAUGAGCGACAUGGCUGCAGACGCAUUCUUGAAGAUGAAGAAAGUUGGUAUAAAACCUACUUCACAUUCCUAUACAGCAAUGAUCCAUGCAUAUUCAGUUAGCGGUUGGCAUGAGAAAGCUUAUGCGGUAUUUGAAAACAUGAUCAGAGAAGGUAUCAAACCUUCAAUAGAAACCUACACUACGUUACUAGAUGCAUUCAGACGUGUUGGUGACACCGAAACAUUGAUGAAAAUAUGGAAGCUGAUGAUGAGCGAGAAAGUUAAAGGAACACAGGUUACAUUCAACAUUCUUGUUGAUGGCUUUGCCAAACAAGGUCUCUUCAUGGAAGCAAGAGAUGUAAUCUCUGAAUUUGGGAAGAUCGGAUUGCAGCCAACAGUGAUGACAUAUAAUAUGCUGAUAAAUGCAUACGCGCGAGGAGGGCUAGACUCGAACAUUCCACAGUUGCUGAAAGAGAUGGAAGCUCUUAGACUAAGACCAGAUUCUAUAACAUAUUCAACUGUGAUAUAUGCGUUUGUUCGUGUUCGAGACUUUAAGCGGGCGUUUUUUUAUCACAAGGAGAUGGUCAAGAGUGGGUAUGUAAUGGAUAUUAGUUCUUACCGGAAGCUUCGUGCGAUUCUGGAUGUGAAAGUUGCAGACAAGAACAAGAGUGAUAAGGUAGCCAUGUAUGGUAUAAUUAACAAACAGAUGGGAUUUAUGAAAAAUAAAAGGAAAAAAGACGAGUUCUGGAAGUACAAGACAGGACGUCCAAUAAAACCAUAGUUCUGAUGUUGAUGUAUAUUAACAGCUAAUGGUGCAAUGCUGUUUAACAGUGUAAGUUCAAUUUUGAUCAAAUUGAGCUUCUGCAUUUUAACUUUGAACAUUUUGUCAUCAUAGGCUGCUUUUUCAAUCAACAAUAUAUGUCACUUAUUUUCAGGUAGAUGCGACUAGUUUGAAAUUUUAAAUGUGCAUGCACACAUUGGGAGUGUUCAUUACUUGAUAAACAAUGAUAAACGAAACAAAUUUAUAAAGUUCACAUGCUUAAAAUCUCCACCCUUUUAUCAUAAAAGUCUGUCUGCUUAGGUUAAUUGCAACCAUUUGUUGUGUAUCUGUCGACUGACAAACCAAUGCUCUUCCUCCUAUCCAUGAUGGGGUUGUUAGGAUUUUGGUGUUUGGAGUAUUGAUGUUUUUUGUAUGGUCGAUGGUACGUCAUAUUAGGGAAUUUGUACAAACAAUUUAUUACUAAUAAUGGAAGAUCAGUAUGAAUUGCCAUUGUUGUUUGAA